AUGAGCAGGUUGCCUCAUCAAGUGCAGGGCAUUUUAGUUGCUCAAAAACAAGCUUCUCUGGAAGAUCUUGGGAAUUUAGCUGACAAACUUCACGAAAUUAAUCCCCAAUUAAUAUCGGCACACAAGGUCAGUGCUAUCGAUCAAUCUCUUGGUACAGCUUUAUCUGUGCCUUCGACCUCUAAUGAAAUUAAGAUGCUCCACCAGAAGGUAGACGAAUUAACCCGCAUCGUCGCUAGUCUCACAGCAGGCACGGUAAAAAUAAAUGUUACCAGAGCCGCAGUAUAA